UUGGCUGGGGAAUUUGCAGGCCCCGCCUCUACCCCUGUUCUGUUUUUUUCUUCCUUUUUAGGGGAGCUAUGGAGGCUCGUGUUCUCUAUCUCUAUGUUCUAUAAGUACUGCAACCUCUCAACAUUGUUAUUCGUGGGCCGGACUGCUUCUGAGGGCCAAGGUUCCAAGGAUUCAUCCAAGCUCUGCUGUCCCACACAGAUUGAAAUGGCAACAGUCUCAAUGGACGUUGAAGUGGGAAGAGAUGACAAGAAGAAGGGGUUCUACCAAGAUCUGGUCCUAGCUUACAAGACUCUGGGUGUUGUCUUCGGUGGCCUCGUCACUUCACCUCUCUAUGUUUAUCCGUCGAUGAAUCUGACCAAUCCCACUGAGGAAGACUACCUCGGGAUAUACAGCAUCAUGUUCUGGACCCUGACCCUCAUUGGUGUCAUCAAGUACAUAUGCAUAGCUCUGAAUGCUGAUGAUCAUGGUGAAGGUGGCACAUUUGCCAUGUAUUCUCUGCUGUGCCAGCAUGCCAACAUUGGCAUCCUCCCGUCCAAAAAGAUUUACAUUGAAGAAGAGGAUCUGGUCUCGACUCACCCUGCUGUGACCAGAAGGCCAAGCAGGCUGAGGAGAUUCAUCGAGCGCAGCAUUGUCGCUAGGAGGCUGCUGCUCCUCACUGCUAUAUUGGGCAUGUGUAUGCUAAUUGGAGAUGGCAUUCUCACACCUGCUAUUUCAGUCUUGUCUGCAAUAGAUGGACUGAGAGGCCCUUUCCCAUCCGUCAGUAAACCUGUGGUGGAGGCACUGUCUGCGGCGAUCCUCAUUGGGCUUUUCCUGCUACAGAAGUACGGCACGUCCAAAGUGAGUUUCAUAUUCUCACCGAUCAUGGCAGUGUGGACGUUCACCACACCGAUCAUCGGCAUCUACAGCAUCUGGCGCUAUUACCCUGGCAUCUUCAGGGCCUUGUCGCCACACUACAUCGUUAUGUUCUUCAUCACCAACCAGAAAAGGGGCUGGCAGCUGCUCGGUGGGACCGUUCUCUGCAUCACGGGUGCCGAGGCCAUGUUUGCGGAUCUUGGACACUUUAGCAAGAGGUCUAUCCAGAUCGCGUUCCUCACCAGCAUAUACCCCUCCCUCGUGCUCACUUACGCUGGGCAGACGGCGUACCUGAUCAACAACGUCAAUGACUUCAGCGACGGGUUCUACAAGUUUGUGCCGCGUCCCGUGUACUGGCCCAUGUUUGUCAUUGCGACGCUGGCAGCGAUCGUGGCAAGUCAAUCGCUGAUCUCAGCCACCUUCUCUGUCAUCAAGCAGUCGGUAGCCCUCGACUACUUCCCCCGUGUCAAGGUGGUGCACACCUCCAGGAACAAGGAAGGGGAGGUAUACUCGCCGGAAACCAACUAUAUACUCAUGCUGUUCUGUGUUGGUGCCAUCCUCGGCUUCGGCGAUGGCAAGAACAUUGGAAACGCGUUCGGGGUGGUAGUCAUCAUGGUCAUGCUGAUCACCACCAUCCUGCUCUCCCUGGUGAUGCUCAUCAUCUGGGACACACAUGUGGUGCUUGUGGCUCUCUACUUCGUGCCGUUCCUGAUCCUCGAGGGCACCUACGUGAGCGCAGUGUGCACCAAGAUGCUCAAAGGUGGGUGGAUGCCGUUUGCAGUGUCAUUGUUGUUGGCACUGAUCAUGUUCGGCUGGUACUACGGUAGACAGAGGAAAGCCGAGUACGAGAUGGCGAACAAGGUGACACUCGAGCGGCUUGGUGAGCUCCUCGCUGGUCCUGACGUGCACCGCAUCCCCGGGCUCUGCUUCUUCUAUAGCAACAUGCAGGACUGGCUCACGCCGGUGCUCGCGCACUACAUCAGGAACUUGCGGUCGUUGCACAAGGUGACCAUCUUCCUCACACUCCGGUACCUCCUGGUGGCCAAGGUCGAUGCCAAGGACCGUGUGGCCAUCCGGCGGCUUGGACCCAAUGGAGUUUAUGGGUGCACGAUACAGUAUGGCUACGCUGACCCGCUCGACUCUGAGGAGGAUGAACUCACCGGCCUGGUGGUGGGCGCCCUGCGGGACUACAUCACCGAGGAGGAGGAGGAGGUGGCUCUGCUUGAGGAGGCGAGGGAGGCUGGGGUGGUGCACGUCAGGGGCAAGAUGAGGUUCCACAUCGGCAAAGACACGGGCUUCUUCGACCGUAUUCUGCUUGGCUUCUACGAGUUCCUGCACAGCACGUGCCGGUCCGCGCUGCCAGCUCUCGGGAUCCCCCUGCAGCAGCGCGUCGAGAUCGGCAUGCUCUACAAGGCCUGACGCUACGCUUGCACGCACUUCCAUAUGUAUGACGCGGUGCGUGCCAAUAAGUCGUUCUGGUUUUCGGUUGUUUCAGCUACCUGCAGUAGCGACACAAUGGCGUUUGUAAGUAAACCUCAGUAUGAAGGUUGCCAUGAAAUAAAGGAUGUAUAUAUGCUGCGGAAGGUAAGCUUUUGUAACCAUAACUUAAGAGUGUCGGUUACUCUGGAAACUUUCAGCUCAAAAUAUUGCUUCCAAAUUUCUUCGCCA